AGGGACAGAUUCCUUUCAAAAAAACAUCUGAAGGUGAAAUUUGCAAGCAUCCACCAACAAGAUUUGUGUUGGAAGAAGACAACAGUAGUGAAGGAGCCCUAUCUCCUCUUCAGGAUGUGAAUGACCAGUCACAGAACAGUUUUACAUCCAUUGAGACUAGACAGACUUCACCUAUUCCAGUUUUGGAAUCUCCUAGCUCUUACAGUGACACUCGGACAACAUCUUUCUCCUCACCUCCGAGCUCGGUUUCUUCCCCAGCAUGGAGUCAGACUUUGAGUCCACCAUCCAGCCAAGUCAAAUCUCCCUCUCAGGCUGUCACUGGUCAAGAUCACGGUCAGACCCGUGAGCUUGGUGGAGGAAGCAGUAGCUCCAGCAGAAGUCGUAAAAAGUCCAAGUCUAAAAUUCAACCUAAGACAAAGACUAUUAAAUUCCAUGAGUACAAGGGUCCACCUAGUGCUCAGAAACCACCAGCUACAUUACCAGCUAAUUGUGAAAACUCUUACGAAUUGUUGCUUCAACAGCAACAGCUGUUCUUACAGUGGCAACUUGAGUGGAAACAGAAGUACCCCCAGAUUGUUCUCUCCUCAGCACAGAAACCACACGAGGAUCAAACUCAGUUUCUGACCAGUGGGCAUACUUCCAUUCAAGAAAGUAGUCCUUCAAACCAACAGUCACUAACCAAGCUAGAAGAAAUGAAAGUGAGUGACCUGAAAGCAGAAUUGAAGAGACGAAACCUGCCUGUGUCAGGGUCCAAGCCUCACCUUAUUGAGCGACUUAAGUCUUAUUUUGAUGGAAGCUCUCAGAUGACAACGUCUGGUGCAGUGGAAGUUCUGGCAACCAGAAGUAACAGUGCUCCAUCUUUGCCAAUUAAUGUAGGGGGCAUCAUCCUAGACACUAUUUCCACAAUUCCACAACAAAGUCCAGACAAUGAGAUGGCUCCAAUUUCUCCAGUAGUUGCUAUGGACACAUCUCUGUCAGUUUUAUCGAGUCCAGAAACAUCCCUGACCCUUUACAAAUCCCCAGCUAGUGUGGAGCAGGCCACAUUAGCUUCUCCUGCUUCUGUUGUACCAAUGGAUGUGGACAACACUUCAUUAGAUGUUGGGAACAAUAUAACAAAUGAAGACAUUGUUAAAAUUCAACAAAGACAAAUCCAGGAGUUGCAGUGGGAGCUGCAAAAGUCUAAACUCCAGCUACAGCACCAGCAGUCACUCAUGCAUCACCAGCAAGCUGUACUCCCUACAGUGGCAACUGCUGUAGCUAUCCCGAUAACCAAUUCCCAGAUUUCUUCAACAGUCGUAACCACAGUAGCUUUACCUGGCAGUGGUGUGCCGACUUCUGGAGACACAGGAAGUACAGUGACUCGGAAGUUGAGUCAGUGUCAGCUGCCACAAGAGCAGCGAAAAUCAAACAUUCUUCCUGCUACCUCUACCACCAACUUGAGAACAUUCCUUCAGUCUAACCAGCCAGUGUGCACGGUGGUCUCCACCGAUCAUCAGAAUCAAGCUGUCACAGCUCGAUUGGUCUCAUCUCCUCAAAUUCCCAACUCUGAACCUAGCAAGUCGUUCCCUGGCAUCAUUUUCUGUCAGACCAAUCCUGUCAUCAACAAACCUUGUGUAAUUUCUGCUCCCAAUGGAUUUGGUCAUCAGAGGACUGGAUCACUUCCUAACUUUAACUCUAAUAGGAGUGCCAAAAGUGGACCUGUGAGGACUGCAACAGAACCCCAAUUCUUUCUGACUAGGCCUCCACCAGAUUACAAAGAAGUUUCCAAACAGCAGAAAACUUUGCCAGCAAUCCAUAUCAGUAAUAAUGAUAACCAACGAAAGUCAAAGUCUAUUAAAAGUCAAGCUGUUGAUGAUGUCUUGGAAAUAUUAAUCAAAAAUGGAGAACUUUCUCCCAGUGCUGCACAUGAGCCUGCCACACCUACUACUCCAGAAACACAGACUUCUAACAAUCAUUAUGAUGGUCCAGUGUUUCCCACUCAGUUAGUUCUUAGUCCACCAUCAACAAUGCUGAAUGAAUGUGACCAUGGGAGUCAGUCUACCCUGGAACUAGAUUUUCACCUAGAUUUGGAAAACCUUGAGGCCAUGGACUUGGGAGGAGUACUCGCCAGUGAAGAUGGUCAUCGUGCGGGAGGAAAUUAUCAGCUGUCAAACAUGGCCCAAUCUAACGAUCACGAGAUGGACAUGGAAUUGACAGAACUGUUGAACGUCAUACUGCCACACUCCUCAAGUGGAAGCACUUCUAGUGAUUCACAGCCAUAUUACUGUGGCUCAAAUGACCACGACCCUUUGUUGUCUACUCUUGGGACCAACCAGGAAACCCUGGAUCUCUUUUCUCUUGAAGAAAUUGAAAUGCGACCACCACCAGCUCUUGCCUGGGACUUUGCCACCUAGUGGUACUUUUGCAAUAGUUAGGUGACAUGAUCAACUUCAACAAAUCUGUUUGUUGUAAAACAUAACACUUGACGUCAUUCAAUUAUAUUAAUAACCAAGAACUAAAGAAAUAGGGUUACAUUAACUAUAGAGUUUAAUGUUAACCAGGAAGGGUUGUGUAUGAUGCCUGGCUCUUCAGUCAGUGUACCUGCAAGUCAUCAACAAGAAUAAACCAGGAAAGUGCCAGAUCUAGUUGUUGAUAUAAUAGUUUUGUUAGACUUUGUUAACUUAGGGGUGGGGACCCAUAAGUACUUAUGUGUGUGUCAUUAGGCUUCCUACAACUCACCUAUGCUGUAGUUUCGUAUAUAUUUUCUUGUAACCCACAGGUGUUAAGUGGGUCAUUAUGACCCAUGGUGUUGUGUUAUUAAUUACCUUACAAUUUCAUUGUGUUAGUGCUAUUAAUUCUCAUGUAAUCCAUGUGUGUGUGUGUCAUUAGUCCUAUUGUAAUCAACAGAUUAUUGUUAUUAGUUUCCUUGUGCAUGUUAGUGUGUUAUGACAUCCUUAAAACCCAUGUGUCAUUAGGUUUAAUUCACGUGUGUUAUCAUGUUCCUCAUAACCCACUAGUAUUAUAGGGUCAUUAGGUUCUUUGUAGCACAUACUUAUCAGUGUAUCAUUAGUCCACUUGUAACCCGUGUGUUGUGUAAUAAAUUGACUUUUAACCUGUGUACUUUAUCAUUGGUCCCUUUGUAACAUUUGUGUUAAGACAUCAUUUUUCCACUUUAACCCAUGUGUUAGUGUGUAAUAAGUCCACUAGUAAACCACAUGUUACUGUACCAUUAGUUUCUUGUAACCUAUGUGUACUUUAUCAUUGGUCCUUUUGUAACCUAUGUGUACUUUAUCAUUGGUCCUUUUGUAACCCAUGUGUAUGAUUAGUCCACUUGUAAACCACAUGUUACCGUACCAUUAGUUUCUUGUAACCUAUGUGUACUUUAUCAUUGGUCCUUUUGUAACCCAUGUGUACUUUAUCAUUGGUCCUUUUGUAUCCCAUGUAUGUUUAUCAUUGGUCCUUUUGUAACCCAUGUGUUCGUGUGUAAUAAGUCAAACUUGUGUAUUACUAGACUGUUUGUCCACUGCUUAGUGCCUUAAUUUUAGUUUUCCUUCUGCCUUGUAAAAAUACAUGCUGACAUAAUUACGUUGAUAACUAUAUUUAGUUAAACUUGUUUUUCUAAACUUAUCUUGGAAGCUACAAAGUUUAGUUCACAUUUUUAUUUUUGCCAGAUAACUUUCUCCCACGUGAUAACCCUGUAGGAAAUGGCCCACUUCUUCAGAUUACAUGUACAGUGUAACAAGUGUCUGGUUUCUAGGUUUCCACCUUCUCCCGACACAAUGUAGUAAUGCAAGAGUAUCCUGGGAAUAGGUUCAUGUUAUCAGAUGAACUGCCAGUAAAUAUCAGGCAAUGGAAACUAUUGAACUCAUAGUAAGUUGACUUCCAUAAGCAGACUUAACAGUUAAAAUUGUCAGACUACAAGCCAGAUCAUAGUUUAGAACCAAGGAUAUUACUUGAAGAAAGUUGUGAAAAUAGUACCUUAGACUAAUGAACAUUUUAAAGUUUCUUGUAAAACAUGAAUUUUUUCUGCUAAGGUCUGGCAUGGCAUGUAUAAGAUUGACUUCUUGUUAAACAACAAGUAUCUCUGUGAAAGAUUUCGGUAAUACAAUACAAGUAUACCAAAACGUAUUAAAUUAAAAGAAGUAUCUUUAAUUGUUGGAAACCAGUGUCUUUGUAAUCUUUCAUUGUGGUAAGGUCUUUUCAGAAUAAUCAGGGUUUUCUCUCAAUUCUUUGAUAACAACAGCCAAGUAAAUGGGCCUCAGAUAUUCAGGCAACUGAUUGUUACCCAUUUUUUUCAAAGACUUUAUACUUUUGUAUUUUGAACUUAUAAUAGGUUCUCUCUUUUAUUGGUAUGAUCAGUGACAUUUUCUGUGAAGUCUUGUGGUUAUGGGAGAACAAAGAUAAGGUUACUGUGAGUUAAUCACACAAGUGAACAGUCAUUUGUUUUUCUUCUUUGCCGGUUUUGUAUGAAGAUGUACGUGACCAGGAACCAUGUUCUUGUGUGUUUUAUACCUUAUAAUAAGUCAAAUGUUUCAUGGAACAAAGAUGUAUGCUAAUUCCACAUAGAAGUUUAAGAAACAACCAACCUUUGAAUAUAGUUAGUAAAGGAUUAUCUGUGUAGGUUUAGAGAGAUUCUUACUCAAGACAUAAAAUAUUCAUAAGACACAAAUAGUACUAGGGUAUUAUAAAACACCCUUCCCUUCUUGACCUUAAUUAGUGGUCAGUGCUAGCCCGUUUUGAUAUACAGUGAUGAUGAUAAAGCUGUAGUUAGUAUUCCUUGUAACUCUUGGUGGUCAGAAAGUUAAUCUGCAUUUAAUUUUAUCUUCUUUUUAUUUGGGGUUCCUCUUGCACGAGUAAAGUUAUCUGGUGUAUAGUUAAUAAAAACUAAAGCCACUCUCACUAGUCAGAGGGUUAAUAUGUAGGUUAUUUAAUCUUCUUCCAAUUUGGAGUUCUCAUAGGGUGAUUGAAGCUGUCUGGUGAUUUAGUUUAUAAAGCUCUCUAAAGAUUCAU